AUGAAAGACUCUAAGCCUGAUGUAAUUCCUGAUGCUAUUCUACGAGUAGAAGGAGAGAGUUUUUAUGUCAACCGACAACACAUGGCCCUCCAGAGCCCCUAUUUCAGGGCUCUGUUCUUUGGCUGUGGUGUAGAGAGCAACAAAAGGAAAGUUGAGAUCAAAGGUGUGGGCCUACAGCAUUUCAGGGUCUUGAUGGAAUACAGCAGGACAUCCAGUCUAGCUUUGAACAGAGAAAAUGUCCUGGGGAUCCUUGAGACUGCAAACUUCCUCCAGCUUGAGAGAGCCAGGUUGUUGUGCUGCAAGUUCUUAGAGCGUGAGCUGCACCUCAGUAACUGUCUGGGAAUGAUGGCUUAUGCCUGGCAGCUUGGCUGCGCUCAGCUCUAUGCUGCAGCACGACAGGUGGUGCUCACACACUUCCCUGCUAUCUCUGCUGAACAGGACUUCCUGUCCCUGUCUAAGGAAACCAUAGCAGACAUUCUUGCCAGUGAUGAUCUGGCUAUCCACAAGGAUGAUCUGGCUCUAGAGGCCAUCUUACGCUGGGUAGUGUUUGACCCCAAACGAGAAGAACACUUUCUGGAGCUUGUUGCGCUGGUGAGGCCUGAGUCACUCUCUUUACCCUUCAUCACUGACCUUUUGACCGGAAUGAAAAGCUCUGACUCGAGAGCCAGGCUCAUCUGCAUGCUCAAUGAACAUUUCCCAGUAUCUUGGUCAAUGGGAGACUGUGUGGUUGUGACAGGUGGCUACUUUCGGGAUGUGCUCUGGUUCAGUGUCGACUGGGUCAGGAUAUAUGAAUGUGGGAACCAACGCUGGCUAGAUGGGCCGUCCCUACAGAAGUCCAGGCACAGCCACUGUUCUAUUGGGCUGGACUCAGUGCUGUAUGUCCUGGGUGGCAGUAUGGACGAAGGUCUAGUGGCUGAUGUAGAGAGGCUGGUCCUGGGGUCAGAAGAGGGUUGGGAGGGCAUCAGCCCCAUGGUUAAGGCUGUAGAGAGGGCAGCCACUGCUGCUCUAGGGUCAUGUGUCUAUGUUGCAUGUGGCCUGGAUGAAAAUGGUGAUGUGUUUGGUGGAAUUCAGAGGUAUGUGGUGAAGGCCGAACAGUGGGAUGUGGUCUCCUGUUCUCCAUUUCCACGGUAUGACUUGAUUGCCACAGAGCUCAACGGUGCCCUCUACCUAUUUGGAGGCAAAGCCCUGCGUUUCGACGUGGACACAGAUGAGUGGACCGUGCUGGAGGAGGAAUGUCUGGACAGGAAGUUCUUCUGUGGCUGCACCACAGUCAGUGGUCAAAUAUACCUGGUCAGUGAGAGGAAGAGUAACAAAGCAUUCCCAAACAUGAUACUGCUGGACCCUUACAUAGACACUUGCAUUGAGGUAGAUGAUGCCAUACCUUGUCCUGUGCCCCUCAGAGGGUGUGUCACCAUGAGAAUGUUCACAUGA